AUGUCUCAUUCGUCCCAGCUACCAGUAGGUACUCAAGUGUGGGCCAAAAUGCCCAGUGCUCCCGAAGACGGCCAUCUAGAUACCACAGAAGUGCUCUCAUGGGUUGUAGGACAUGAGAGACGAGGCGGUACUCUAUACUAUCAUUGUAAAGCGCCAGAGUCUCGUGGGAUAUGGUCCUCAUCUGAUGAUGAAGUCGUACGCGGAGUUACCACAGUCCGCUCAUCGCAUACACAAGGGGCUCAAUUCGAGCUUGAGCAGCCUGUACGAAUUAAGAAGCGAGUCGAAUGGAGGAGAUCAGGGGCUAACGAGCACCAGAAGUCUGGUCGUAUCUGCGCUGGGUGGUGCAAGCGCGUACAAGGACCCGAUGGCUACUUCUUAGAGUAUACAUAUUGGGUUGCAUUCACUGGAAGCGACCAAGGACAGCCUCGAAACUGGUAUCCGCAACAGGAUUUGGAGGGCUGA